CAGCAGUGGACCCGGAAGAGGCGCUGCUGCGGCGGGGAAAUACUUCCCCAGAAGCAGGUGCCGGAGCCGGAGCAGGGCUAGGGGAGGCGGGCGCCAUGUUUCAGUUCCUGCUUGGUUUUGCUCUUGGCAAUGUCGUUGGGAUGUAUCUGGCUCAGAACUAUGAUAUCCCUGACCUUGCAAAGAAACUUGAAGAUAUUAAAAAAGAUGUGGAAGCUAAGAAGAAACCACCCAGUGACAAAUCCUAAACCAACAGUGUUGCCUGGAUCUUCUUCAUACGGUCUUUAAGGACAUUAUUUCCCCUUCAGAUGACAAAUACUAGUUGGAAACAUAGCUUUUUGGGGGUUUCCUCCACUUUUGCUUUCUCAGAAGCUGGAUAUCCUGGAUCUGUAUGUGCAGAAAAUUUGCUCUGGGACCUACCAUCAUGUGUUUCAGGAAUUUUGAUUCUCAGCUGAUGAGUGACUGGAAAACAUAGUUUGUAUUUUUUUUUUUUCUGUUGUAGUUUCCUAAUAUUUUAUAUUCAGUUUUUUAAUCUGUUAAACUGGAGAUCAGUAAAAAUUCUACAACUACCCCUA